GUAGUAGAUCAGUCAAUGCUAAUGAUUGUGUCCCGGGGCGGCUCCGGGAAGCAGACGUGAGGCCGCCGGUCACCCUCACUAUUACAUACCUACUUUAUAUUGGUGUAAACCAAAUUCUUAGAGCUGUGCCGUAGCCCGUGGACAUCACCACGCGAACAUGCGCUCCUAGCCAAAGUUACAGAAUCCUUUCGCGAUCCUUGAAUGUGGGAAUUUUUCAAUUUUUUGUAAAAUAACCUUGAGUUGGCGACACAGACCUCUUUUGAUGGGAAACGGUUGCUUUUCGUCAUCAAAUAGAUACAUUUCUCUAAUCAAAGAGAAUAUUAUACAAACCUAGCAAUGUUACGUCUAUCACAAUUGACACGUGCAAUCAGACCGUACUGAACUUCAUCAAAGUAAAACAAAUGUGUUUUUAUUUACACAAUGAAUCAAAAUAUAAUAGAUUGUGAUGCCGAGCGUGACGUAUGUGAGUGUAAGAGAGGCUCCACCCUCGCGAUACUCCGGGAGGUUCAGGUGGUUUAUGAAAAACGACUGGCCCGGAUCGAAGAGGCCGGGGUCGGGAAUAAGACGCAGAUGCAAGUAGCCGUCCUGAAGUCGUGGGUGAGCGACCUCCUCGCUCAGAACAGGUUGCUCGUGCAGGCUGUAGAGGAUCUGGAGACGGAGGCCACUUCCAAACUCUUGUAUGAACGUCGGAAACACGUUGAACGUUACAAGAAACAACCGUCUUGUAACAAUGCGACGGACUUGAAAGGUUCGAACGAGCGUCUGCAGAAUGAAGUUUUUGCAAAAGAGAGAGAGAUCCAGAAGCUGAACAAAGAUAUACAGCAGUGCGAAGAGAAGAUCUCCAAUCUCAGGAACGAGCUCUCUGUCAGCCAGUACCGCGUGCCGGAAAUACCGAAAAAAGACGCUGAAGUGAUGGCGCAGAUGUGUUACAUCGGAACUGAUGAUACACCGUCAAAUUCCAUUGGACCAGAAAAGAUUAGUGACUCAGAUCGUAAUUUUGAUACUGCAUCGGAUAUAUUGGUAAUUGAAAAAGUGGAUCCAGAUCUCGUGGUCAUUUCAGAUGUUUCACUAAAACAAACUGAGGAAAACCUUUGCGAUUGCUUCCAAGAGCCAGAAAUGAUAAAGAAAGUUGAAAUAAAGGCGUCGAGUUCUGAACUAAUUCUACGAUGCGCACAUCAUGUUAAAAGUUUUCAGGAGAGUGCAGCGGAUAGCAGUUCAUGUGGAGGAAGUGGACGAGCUGAGCGCCAUCAGCUACUGUCUACACAAGUUCUUGAGAAUAAAGAAGAAACGAUGAGGAUACAAAGCGAGAGUCUCGCCGUGGCCGAGGCCAGGAUCACGGUGCUCACAACGAAACUGGCAGAUAUGAGGAGGGAAGUUGACAGGAAAGACAUGGAGAUUCAAAGCCUUCGCAAAACGAUCGAAGAUAACAAAAUAGAGAAGAUCGGAAUUUCGAUCGACGCUCAAACUCAACUGGAAUUGGUAAAUCAGAAAAAUGUCGUCCAAACAUUGCAAGAUAAUUUGAGCGUCAUAGAGGAACUGUAUCGGGAGUGUUUCUAUGAGACAGCAAAACAGGAAAAUUUGAUUGAAAUGUUGAGAAAGUCGAUUUUAGAUAUAAGAAUGAUAGAAAGAGACAAAAGUAAUCAGAUCGACAAACUGCAGACCGUUGUGAAAACACAGCAGUGGUCCUUGGAUAAGUGUCAGGACAUUGCGCUGGAAGUGGAAGCCCUGAAGCUGGAGAUAUCUAACUUCCUGCACGGCUCCAACAACGAUUCGGGCAUGUGGGAGCGCAGUGACGCGUCCGUGGCCUCGGGCGUCGGCGAGGACCUGCAGGACAUCAUGGACCACCUCCUCAAGCUGAGGGACAUGCUCACAGGCGAUUGCAUAUGCGGACUGCAAGAUGAGAAUGCAAGACUGAAUGAGGUCAAUAAAAAUACACAGGAGGAAGUUAGGCAGCUCCGUAGACGGCUCAGUGACCUGGAGGUCGCCUUGGAAGAAGAAAAACAAUCUAGGAAGGAAUUGAAACAACUUAUAAGCCUGAAGGAGGACGAGUUAAACGUGAUGAAGUCACAAGUGUCGGCGAUGGGCGCGACGUCUCGGGACCAGAGCGCGGCCUGCGACUCCAUGUCGGUGCAGCUGCAUCAGCUCCAAGUUAUGUUAGAAGACAAGACGGAAGAGUUGCGCCGAGUGAGUCAGCAGCGUGACUGCUAUGAGCAGACCGCUGAGGGGCUGAGGGAGCAACUCCAGAAGACCGAUAGUGUCGCUAAGGAGAACAUGAACCUGCGCAUCGAAGUGUCGAGUUUAAUGAAGCAAGUGUCGCAGUGUCGCAGCGAGCUGGCGGACACCGCGAGCCGUCACCGCGCGCUGCGGGACGAGCUGCGCCGCGCGGAGACACACAUACUACAUGUCGAUGAUAUUUUUAGGGCGCGCGCGCGGGAGGCCUGCGUGCUGGAGGCGGAGCUGCAGGCGGCGAGCGCGGGGGCGGGGCGCGCGGCCGCCGCGCUGCGGGGCUGGCUCGCCCGCGCCGCCGCGCUGCACGCAGAACAAGAAAAUACAAUUAAAACGCAACAGACUAUAAUAUCAACUUUAAAAGAAAGAUUAAAAACGAAAGAGAAAGGAACACGAAGAGGCGGAGAAAGCGAAGCGAGCUGCUCAAAAUGUGCAAGUCAUAGAAUAACAGAGACUGCACUUGGUUCUGCGAGUUGUUAUUCUUCGAACGACGAAAAGAGACGAAUGCAUUGGGCCAGUACGAGUGGAAGUGAGAUGGCAAGCUGUUCGUCAGCCCCGGUUCCGCCAAAGAGGAUGCUUAGAAAACACACUUGUGAUGAGGCGGCGCAGUGCCCGGCGCGACGCCACGCCGCCACCGACACCCGCUCUGCGCACCGGGAACAUGACCUAUUGGAUGGCGCGGCGCUGGCGGGUCGCGUGCGCGCGGUGGGCGCGGCGCUGGCGGCCCGGCGGCGCCGCUGGGCCCGCACGCCCGACGCCUGACGCACCGCCCCACCUUCCAUCGCGAAUGUGACAAUCGCUGCUCAAGCUUAAUUACAAGUUGUUGUCGCAUACAAUUAUUUCUAAGCUCACGACCAAAAUUAACAUUUAUUGCGCAGAAUGUUUGUGACGAUGUGCUAUGACAGUUUAGUGAAAUGUUUAACUAUAAACAAUGUUACAAAGGGUUAUUUGCGUUUAUUCGAUACGAUCUAUAUCGUUAUUUCUACGAUAAAAGAUAGUGUUACUUUCAAUAGACUUCAAAAUAAUAAUGAAGAAGUCUGGGGAGUUACUUUGAUUCCUUAAUGUAAACUGUAUUGAUGAUUAGAGUGAACUGUGAUGAACUAAUUAGUGUUUCUCAGUUGAUUGGUGAUCUAUUUUACGGGUUUUUAGGGAUUAUUAGUUACCAACAAAUCUUGUUUUUUAAUGGUACUUAUAUUUAUUUUAGUAAUAAAUUAUUUGCUAGUCUUGUAUUGAACCUUUUGUUAUAUGCUUAGUUGUUUAUAAAAUUAAAUACUAUUUUUUGUAAA